AUGGCUAAGGUCCAGGUGCCUCCUGUGCUGGGUCAUUCAGGAGGGAGAGAGCGUGAGGAGAUAUCAGGCUCAUCGAAAGAUAACAUUUACAAAACUAUGGCGGUUAUAUCCACAGCUAUAAAUGAGUUAUCUCGCACAAUCCAUCAGAUCAGCGAACAAUUGAACGGGUUUCCUACAGCGGGCACAGGAAACCCGGGUCUCCCAAAGUCAAGCAAUCAUGUUGACCAUUUUGAGAUUUUCGCCAUUGCCAUGAAGGAAGUGCAGUCAAAGUCGUCUAGAAUUGAACAAUUGGAACAGGAGAACCGAGUGUUAAGAGACAGAUUGGGUAACCGUGAAAGAGCCGGGGAAAGGAGCGAAAGGAUCUCUCCAGUUGCAUGCCAACAGGCUGUGAAUCUGAAUGAACAUGGGGAGAGAUUUGUGCCCAGUGAUGCUCCCAACUCAAACGGGAAAAGGUCCUUGAUAGCCCUUCCUAGUGAGCUCAAUGUUCAUGAAAAUAACUGCAUGAUUCCAGCGUCUACAAAUGCUACAAACGGGGAAGCGGAUCCGUCACCAAAUCUCAGCAAAGACAUGGGUCUUGAUGACCCAAUUGCUGAAAUCGAGGAGAUUCCUGAGUCCUCAAAUGGACAGAUCAAUGGCGAUAUUUUAUCUCAAGAUGGUCGUCCUGCUGUUAAUCAUGAGACUACAUUAUCCGAACAAGCUGCUGAAAAGCCGACGACACGCCAGAAUCCGGCUAGACGUCAACGGGCUGUGAGACAAGAAUCAGUACUUGAGCAGGCUACUAGGAAUGAAACUCGCUCCACCAGGGCUCGGCUAGUUUCGCAGAAUGUGCGUUCUAAGAAGGCUGAAGGUCGCGUGUCUUUAAGGAAGGACAAACCUACUGGUUCUGGAGAUGAGGAGGAGGACUCUACCGAACUCGAAGACAGAGAAGGCGCUGCUGUUGCGCGUAAUGAAACCACCGAAGACAGGAGGACAUCACCCCUUGUUGCCUCAGAACCUGGCUUCCGUCCAGCCCGUCAAUUGAUAAAGCGACGGCGGGGUCGGCCGAAGGUCGCCGCCUGUGAGCAUCCGCAGAUUGCAACCGUCACUUCUAGCAGCCCGGCUCCUAGCGCUGGGAAACCAGGCGUUUCCAACAGCAAUAUAAAGAUCUCGGAAAAUACAAAAGAUGCCCUGGAUGCAAAAAAAGCGGAGGAAGAAGCGGAAAAGAGACGAAAGGCCGAAAUUGCCGCUCGGGAGCUUUUGGUGCAAGCCGCAAUGCAGCGAGAGGAGACGUAUAUGCUGUAA